AUGAACAAUAUUCUUGGAGUACAUGAGAAUAUUGUUAAUUCUUUAGAAGGAAAUUUAGACUUAACUGUUCAUUGUAAAUCUAAAGAUGAUGAUCUUGGAGCUCAUCUUUUACAUCAUGGUGAAAGUUAUGGUUGGAACUUUCAACCUAGACGACUUAUUGGCCACACGUUAUUCUUUUGUGGUUUUACAUGGAAUGGUGAAUUGCAUUGGUUUGAUAUAUAUGAUGAAAAUAAGCUUAAAAUUGGUUGUGAAAAUUGCAACUGGAAUAUAUUCAAAUCUGGACCAUGUAAAACUGAAAAAGAAGGGCGAUCUACGUGCUUUCAGUGGAAUAAGUAG